AUGUCUUCCGACACUGCCUCGACUGAGAAGAAGACGAAGAAGAAGCGAUACACAAGUAACAUCAUCACCCUCAAGCCAGGCGAAGGGCAUGACGCCAUCACAAUCCACGAGGACAUUCUGCGUGACCACUCGCCAUUCUUCAAGGCAGCUUUGGACAAGAAGUGGCUUGAUGGAGCGACUCGUGAGAUCAAGUUACCAGAUGAUACCGCGGAGGUGGUCGCUGCCUACGUCGACUGGCUCUACAGUCGUCGACUAGAGCUGGACGUACCAAAGGACACCAAGGGCAGACCGGAGCCAGAAAUCCUCGCGCUACUACUCAGACAGGCUGAGGAGCUCGGCACAUGGCCCAGUGUACGGUGUGUUGUGGCUGCGUACGCCGGAACUCCCGAAGGCAGUCCGCUGCGUCGUUGCCUGGUGGAGAUCUAUGCGGCACGGAUGACGAUUCAUUGGGACUUUCGUGAAGGCUCAUAUCCCGUGGCCUUCACGAUGGACCUUCUACGCGCAAUGGUCAAGCAGAGGACUGUGGAUGACACCAAGUUCUACCCACGACGUGAAACAUGGUUCAAGAUGUGA